AUGGAUCAAUUACCAUGCAACUCCCACGUUGACGACGACGACGACCAUGGUUGGACGAAAGUCGUGUCCCGGAAGAAAAAAGGUUCCGGCAGGAAUGAACGACGGAUCCUGACAGAGAAUAAGACGGUUUCUGCUGAUGUAAAGGAGAUUCUGAGGGCAGAAACAGCUAAAAAUCCACAACCCAAGAACAAGAAGAAGAAGAAGAAGAAGAAGGAGGAGACUGUGAGGGCAGAAACACCUAACAAUCCACAACCCAAGAAGGAUGAGAAGAAGCCGAUAAUGUCUUUGUCCGAGGCUAUGGCAAAGAUCGACCAUUCAAGUCUUGCGGCUUUCCUCGCCGUAUCAUUGGAAUCGUAUUCGGAUGAGCCAGUGACUCAGCUAUUAAGAUUUAUGAAUUACAUCGGGAGAGAACUUACCGAGGUGCAAUUUCCAUGGCUGGAGAUGUUUCCUUUUGAGGGUACUUGGCCCAAGGUUAUCGAUGUCAUGAAUGUUCCGUUGUGUGAUAUUCCUGAACCUAUCUCUAACACAUCAGUCAGUUGGAUCCUUCAACUUCCAGUUAUGCAACUCUCUGGCUUUGUAGUGUGGGCGUUUGGUUGUACUAUCACUCAUUUGGAAGCACAACAAAAAGGUGCCAAAUCUGGCAAGAUCGGUGAACAACCUACUUCUCCCAAACCUCAUAUGCCAAUAUUUGUUACAUUGGCAAUGGUAGUGCAUUGGAGACCUGAAGCUUUGACUUAUGCACUGCCGACUAUUAGGGGGAGGCGUUAUUUUCAAGGACAGGACAGGCUUCCGCUUACAGUUUGGAUGAUGGCUGUGGCCUCCCAGCAUAAUUUAGGUGCAGGGUUGUAUUCAUGGGCGCACAACUUGUUACCAGUAGUGGGUAAUACGAGCUGCAACCCUCAGUCAACGGAUCUUAUCCUGCAGUUGGUUGAGGAAAUUGUUGCGGAUCCAGAGGCUUGGACGAUGCGUAGGAACCAAGCUGGUAUUGUGCAUCAGCGAAUGAUUCCGCCUCCUUCAUUUGAGAUCUUGCUGCGGCUUACAUUCCCUGCUUCAUCUGCAAGAGUAAAAGCUACAGAGAGGUUUGAGGCAGUUUAUCCCUCGCUGAAAGAAGUGGCUCUUACCGGUGAACCAGGAAACAAGGCAAUGCAAGAAGUCAUUCAACAGAUAUUCUCUUUGUCUUUGAAACUUGCUGGAGAAGGAAAUCCUGCUUUAGCCAAGGAAGCUACAGCAAUAGCUAUAUGGUGUGUCACCGAAAACGUUGAUUGCUGCAAGCACUGGGACAGUCUCUAUACGAAGAAUAUAGAAGCUAGUGUUGCUCUUCUUAAUAAGCUUGUCGACGAAUGGAAGGAUCAUUCCCUCAAACUAUUCUCAUCAGCGAGAAAAAUUUUCACUGUCACUGAAACUAUGAAGAGCUUCAGGCUAAAAAACGAAAAAGCCAUCACUGAAGGAGGAGCCAAUGCUUCUCUUUACAAAGAAGCUGACAAGUCCUGCAAAUUUAUCUCGCGGAGAAUCUCCCAUGUAUGGUUCAGACAUUACUGCUUCAAAGCUACUGCUGUGGUUCUAGCUGUAGCUGCAGGACUAGCCACUGCUGCAGCUGUAGCUGCUGCUGGAGUAGCAACCUUUGCUGCAAUUGUUCUAUUUAUCUACCCGGAGCUUAGAGACCUCCUCUGGUGA